UGAAGAUUACAGAGCUGUAUCCCUCUGACAGCUCUGUAACUGUGAUUAGCUUUUCCCCAGCCGGCUAUGGGCAGACCGACAGACUGUGGGGUGGAGGAGAGACCCAAAUGGGACAACAAGACUCAGUACCUGCUGACAUGUAUCGGCUUUGCAGUGGGAGUUGGAAACGUGUGGCGUUUUCCCUACCUGUGCCAAAUCUACGGAGGAGGUGCGUUCCUCAUCCCCUACCUGAUAGCGCUGGUGUUCCAGGGCCUCCCCCUGCUCUACCUGGAGCUGGCCAUAGGACAGAGGCUCCGCCUGGGAAGCAUCAGCGUCUGGAACACCAUCUCACCGCUGCUGGGUGGAGUCGGCAUCGCCUCCAUGUGGGUGUCACUGCUGGUGAGCAUUUUCUACAACACCCUGCUGGCCUGGGUGCUCUGGUACUUCUUUAACUCUUUCCAGAACCCUCUGCCGUGGAGCCAGUGUCCGCUGAAUGACAACCUGACAGGUUAUAAUGACGAGUGUGUGAAGAGCACUCCAGUGAACUACUUCUGGUACCGUGAGACCCUGAACAUCACACCAGACAUCGAGAUCAGCGGCUCCCUGCAGUGGUGGCUGGUCAUCUGUCUGGCCAGCGCCUGGUUAGUGGUCUACAUCUGCUUCAUCAAAGGCAUCGAGUCCAUGGGAAAGGCUGUGUAUGUGACGUCCACAUUUCCCUACCUGGUGCUGACUAUCUUCCUGAUCCGUGGCCUCACUCUGCCCGGAGCUACUGACGGACUGGUGUACCUCUUCACUCCUGAUUGGGAGAUUCUGAAGAACCCUCAGGUGUGGCUGGACGCUGCCACUCAGAUCUUCUUCUCUCUGUCUCUGGCGUUUGGAGGUCUCAUAGCUUUCUCCAGCUACAACGCUGAGAAAAAUAACUGUGAGAGGGACGCUCUUAUCGUAGGAAUAAUAAACAGUGCCACGUCUCUUUACGGCUCCAUUUCCAUCUUCUCCAUCCUGGGAUUUAAAGCAAACAACGCCUACAACUCCUGUAUGGAGGAAAACAUCUUGGCUGUGACCAACCACUUUGAGUUCUCAGACCACAACAUCACAGUGGAGAACUACGAUCACUGGAUUGAGUAUCUAAAUCAAACAUCUCCAGGUGAGCUGGCCAAAGUGGACCUGAGGCCCUGUGACCUGCAGACAUUCCUCGACCAGAGCGCCUCAGGAACCGGCCUGGCUUUCAUUGUGUUUAGCGAAGCAGUGAUCGAGAUGCCAGGCUCGCAGGUAUGGGCCAUACUGUUCUUCGUCAUGCUCCUCAGCCUGGGCCUCUCCUCCAUGUUUGGCAACCUAGAGGGAGUCCUCAAUCCCAUUAGGGACCUCAAACUGGUGCCUGAGUGGAUCCCUGAUGAGCUUGUAACAGCGGUCAUCUGCCUGAUCUCCUUCUCCAUAGGCCUCAUCUUCACCCUGGGGUCGGGGAACUACUGGAUGGAGAUCUUCAACAGCUACGUGGGCUCAGUACCUCUGCUCAUCGUUGCAUUGUUUGAGAUCAUUGGAGUCAUUUAUGUCCAUGGAAUGAAAAAUUUCAGCGAAGAUAUCUACUUCAUGACUGGGAAGAGGCCCAACAUCUUCUGGAAGGCGUGCUGGAUGGUCAUCAGUCCUUUGAUGCUCCUGGUGGUGUUGAUUUCCUACGUGGUCGUCCAGGCACAGAAACACCCCACCUAUCCCGCAUGGAACCCAGACUAUGAACUGUUCCCAAAAACUGAAACCAAGUCCAACCCAGACUGGGUGUUUGCCAUCAUCAUCCUCCUCUCUGUAGUACCUGUGAUUUCCAUCCCUCUGGUGGCUCUCUACAGACUCAUCUGCUGUGGACUCAAGAAGUCGUCUGCUCGAGCCGACCUAACUCCCUACUACAACAACAGCUUUGAGGCUGAAACACCGCAUGAGAACCAGAGAGCUUAAAAAUGUUUGCAAGAAACAACGUUACUGCACAGAAAAGGACCUCCUGAUCGUUAUCGCCUCGUCUGUGGAAUCUUUAUUCAGCCGACAGCUGACAUAUAAUCAGUCACACUGACUUUACUACUGAUUUAUGUUGUUUACAUUUAUCAGCGUUUAACAGAACCUGAAAACUGGAUUAAUUUCACAGAGAAAUUCUACUCUUUGGAGAUGAUCAAACACAUCACACUGAAACACACAGCCAUGUCACAAACCAUCACUGCAGAAAUCUGAACGAUCCUCCAGGUGACGUCAAGUCUUCUUUGUGGAAAACUACCACAAAGUAUAAAUCAAAGUCCAGAGAGACAAACAGCUGUACGAGGGGGCGGGGUCUGCAACAGUAGCUGGAUGUUUCAGUUAUCCAUCUUUACUAAUCUGGUGGUUGUUGAUUUAUAGGGUGUGUUUAUGAUUAAGCUUUAUCACUUAAGUGUUUUAUAUCAGAUGACUAAAGACUGUUUUCUUCUUUCCCAAUGCUAUAUAAUGGAUGCCAUUUUUGGCACACUGACGAUCAGAUAAAUCUGAAUCACUGCAGGUAAAGUUUAGUACUGAGUUUUUGUACAUGAACAUUUGAAAGAAGCAGGAGUAAGUGCUCUUGUCUACCUUACAGCUGCUGAGGUUUCAUGGUUGAGGUGGGGGCUGUAAUCUGUACGAGCUCAAAGUCUACAUCUGGAUGGCCAAGAAGUCCUCCGGGGUCCUGGGUUUAGCGGCCUGUCGGACUCUGGCCAGUCUCAGAUCCCCCAGACGCCUCUCCAGACUGCGCUUUCCUGUCAACAGGACGACAGCAGAGGGUUGUUUUUUUUUAACCAUUUUGAUAGUGAACAAUAAAAUUCGUCCACCUGAAGUAUUUCAAAUCGUAAAAUCAAAUUAAAGGUGGUAAUAAACUGA